AUGGUGAUUCUGCUCAACUGUGUCACCCUGGGGAUGUACCAGCCCUGUGAGAACAUCGACUGCACUUCAGACCGCUGCCAGAUACUACAGGUCAGUCUGUCUGUCUGUCUGUCUCUGUCUGUCUGUCUGUCUAUCUGUGUCUGCAACUUUAGAGUGAUGGGGGAAAGGAGCCCUCUCAACCGUAUGAUGGUGGAGAUACAUAUAUGUUGUCAAUCAUCAAUCAUUGAAACCUUUUCCAGAGUGGUGUAUUUCUGUCAUUCUCUUACCUUGGGCUCUCUGCUCUCUCAUAACAAACACCAUGUUGUGUCCUUUGUUGAAUAUUUAUCAUUGAACAGUUUGAUUGAUAAACAUUCUAAUUGAAAACUCAUUGUGGAAUGUGAACUUUAUUGUGGAUUACCAAUGCAAUCCUAUGUCAAAAUGUCACUCCGCAAAGUGUUAAUGGCUCUGCAACAAACUACUUUGUAAAAAGGUGAUAGGAAAAUACAGUUUCAACACUGUAUCGUUUGAUGGAUUGAUUAUAGUUUAAUGUUGACAACAUGCGGUGAAAAGUGAGAACCCAUUCCCCACACCCCACACCAGCCUUUCUUUAGGCUCCCUGUGACACUGGUGUGACUGAUGUAGUGACUGACAGUGGUGGAAAAAGUACCCAAUUAUCAUACUUGAGUAAAAGUAAAGAUACCUUAAUAGAAAAUGACUCAAGUAAAAGUGAAAGUCACCUAGUAAAAUACUACUUGAGUGAAAGUCUAAAAGUAUUUGGUUUUAAAUAUACUUAAGUAUCAAAGUAAAAGUAUAACUAAUUUCCCAUUCCUUAUAUUAAGUAAACCAGACGGCACGGUUUUCUUGUAAAAAAAAAAAAAAAACGGAUAGCCAGGGGCACACAGCAACACUCAGACAUCAUUUACAAACAAAGCAUUUGUGUUUAGUGAGUCUGCCAGAUCAGAGGCAGUAGGGAUGACCAGGGAUGUUCUCUUAACAAGUGCGUGAAUGGGACCAUUUUCCAGUACUGCUAAGCAUUUGAAAUGUAACGAGUACUUUUGUGUGUCAAGGAAAAUUUAUGGAUUAAAAAGUACAUAUUUUCUUUAGGAAUGUAGUGAAGUAAAAGUUGUUAAAAAUAGAAAUAUUAAAGUAAAGUACUGAUACCCCAAAAACUACUUAAGUAGUACUGUAAAGUAUUUGUACUUAAGUACUUUACACCACUGGUGACUGAUGUAGUGACUGAUGUAGUGACUGAUGUAAUGACUGAUGUAGUGACUGAUGUAGUGACUGAUGUAGUGACUGAUAUAGUGACUGCUGUAGUGACUGAUAUAGUGACUGCUGUAGUGACUGAUAUAGUGACUGAUGUAGUGACUGAUGUAGUGGCUGAUAUAGUGAACAUUGCAUUACAUGUGCUGAGCGUUUGUUACAAAGUUCACGACACCGUCUGCACACACACACACACACACAAACACAUACACACACAAACACAAACACACACAAACACAAACACACACACACACCAUGCAACAUAGAGAAUCUGAAAGGCUGCAUGUGUGUGUGUCCUCUCCUGCUGUGUAUUUCAUGGCCCUGUUUGUAAAGGCUCACUCAAACCUCCCUGUUUUAACACACAGGAACCAAGGCCCCCGGCUGUAGCUCACUAUGAAUAAGAAAUGAAGCAGAACAUUGUCAGGUUCUAAAGUAUCCAAUAUGAAUGUUAGAUGUGCCAGUAUCUGUAAGGACUGUUGUCGAUACCCAGAUGUCUCUGGAUGUAGAUUUUUAUUUUGAAAUGGGCUGUGUGUGUGUGUGUGUGUGUGUGUGUGUGUGUGUGUCUGUGCGUGUCUUAGCAUGCAAGUGUGUGUGUGCCUGUGUUCGUGUCUGUGCCUGUUUUGUAAGUAUCUGGGAGAAGAGAGGGCGGGUCGACAACACUCCUCUUUGGGGAUCAGAAACGUUGGGAUCUCGGCUAACUUAUCCCCAAAAACAUGCAUCAAAGGGCUCCCAAAAUAAAACACACACACCCCAGACAGGCAUCUUUAGUAUUAAAACCCCCUAAGGUCGAUGUCCACCCACCGUGAAAAUCUAAUUAGCAUAAUACAAACCCCCCCAUCAAAAUCUGUCAGUUUAAGCUAGAGAUAUCUGUUUUUUUGCAUUGGAUGUGUCUCAAUCCACUGCAUCCGCCUAUGUAACACUUCCGCAUCUGCGAUGAAAGGUGACAGAGCUAGAGUGGUGUUUGUCAGACCCUGAGACAUCCAGAAAAUCAGUCUUCUCUUAAAAACGUCUGUAGCGUCCGAACGGAUUGGCCUACAAACUAUUAUGACCCAUCUAUGGAAAGAUGAAUCUCACAAACACAAUGUUUUGCUCUACGACUCCCACGAGUCUUGGAACUCGUCUGAAGUCGGUACAGCCGAUCUGCCAACUUCUGUCACACUAAUAUGACCCCUCUGUAGAAAGGUGAGACUCUCGGUUAUUUUGCUCUGGCAUGCCCACAGGCCUCACAAGACUCGUCUGAAUGUCCCUCGGUACCAGUAGAAAAAAUUUAUGGAAGUAUAAAUGGAGACUGUAUAGUGCCAAAAAUAUGAGGUUAAAUACAUAAUAAAUAAAUAAAAACCUUUCGUGAUCUGUCUUAUAUCUCUCAGAUAUAGGACAGACACUUCAGAACAAACUUCCUUUAGAUUUUUUUGGGGGGACUAUCUGUUGUUCCAUGUAGUGAAUCUGUUAUUCAAUGUGUUUGUAUGGGCUAUUAGCAGUAAGGCCGAAAAUAUAUAUUUUUGAUGCUUCAAGGGGUCUUAAAAUUCAAAAUCAAAUAGAUUGAAAUAACCACACAGACAGCCUCUGGCAAAGCAGGGAGAAUGGGGGGAAUCCAGAGACAAUGGCAGAUUAUUGUGUUUAUAAGAUGACAAUGAAGACAACCGAGUGUGAGUGCUAUGCUAUGCCCUCCGACGAACCAUCAAACAGGCAAAGAGUCAAUACAGGACUAAGAUUGAAUCGUACUACACUGGCUCUGACGCUCGUCGGAUGUGGCAGGGCUUGAAAACUAUUACAGACUACAAAGGGAAGCACAGCCGUGAGCUGCCCAGUGACACAAGCCUACCAGACGAGCUAAACCACUUCUAUGCUCGCUUCGAGGCAAGCAACACUGAAGCAUGCAUGAGAGCACCAGCUGUUCCGGAUGACUAUGUGAUCACGCUCUCCGUAGCCGAUGUGAGUAAGACUUUUAAGCAGGUCAACAUUCAUAAGGCCGCAGGGCCAGACGGAUUACCAGGACGUGUACUCCGAGCAUGUGCUGACCAACUGGCAAGUGUCUUCACUGACAUUUUCAACAUGUCCCUGACUGAGUCUGUAAUACCAACAUGUUUCAAGCAGACCACCAUAGUCCCCGUGCCCAAGGACUCUAAGAUAACGUGCCUAAAUGACUACCGACCCGUAGCACUGACGUCUGUAGCCAUGAAGUGCUUUGAAAGGCUGGUCAUGGCUCACAUUAACAGCAUUAUCCCAGAAACCCUAGACCCACUCCAAUUUGCAUACCGCCCCAACAGAUCCACAGAUGAUGCAAUCUCUAUUGCACUCCACACUGCCCUUUCCCACCUGGACAAGAGGAACACAUACGUGAGAAUGCUAUUCAUUGACUACAGCUCAGCAUUCAACACCAUAGUGCCCUCUAAGCUCAUCACUAAGCUAAGGAUCCUGGGACUAAACACCUCCCUCUGCAACUGGAUCCUGGACUUCCUGACGGGCCGCCCCCAGGUGGUAAGGGUAGGUAACAACACAUCUGCCACACUGAUCCUCAACACGGGGGCCCCUCAGGGGUGCGUGCUCAGUCCCCUCCUGUACUCUCUGUUCACCCAUGACUGCAUGGCCAGGCACGACUCCAACACCAUCAUUAAGUUUGCCGACGACACAACAGUGGUAGGCCUGAUCACCGACAACGAUGAGACAGCCUAUAGGGAGGAGGUCAGAGACCUGGCCGUGUGGUGCCAGGACAACAACCUCUCCCUCAACGUGACCAAGACAAAGGAGAUGAUUGUGGACUACAGGAAAAAAAAGAGGACUGAGCACGCCCCAUUCUCAUCGACGGGGCUGUAGUGGAACAGGUUGAGAGCUUCAAGUUCCUUGGUGUCCACAUCACCAACGAACUAUCAUGGUCCAAACACACCAAGACAGUCGUGAAGAGGGCACGACAAAGCCUAUUCCCCCUCAGGAGACUGAAAAGAUUUGGCAUGGGUCCUCAGAUCCUGAAAACAUUCUACAGCUGCACCAUCGAGAGCAUCCUGACUGGUUGCAUCACCGCCUGGUAUGGCAACUGCUUGGCCUCCGACCGCAAGGCCCUACAGAGGGUAGUGCGUACGGCCCAGUACAUCACUGGGGCCAAGCUUCCUGCCAUCCAGGACCUCUAUACCAGGCGGUGUCAGAGGAAGGCCCUCAAAAUUGUCAAAGACUCCAGCCACCCUAGUCAUAGACUGUUCUCUCUGCUACCGCACGGCAAGCGGUACCGGAGUGCCAAGUCUAGGUCCAAAAGACUUCUCAACAGCUUCUACCCCCAAGCCAUAAGACUCCUGAACAGCUAAUCAUGGCUACCCGGACUAUUUGCACUGCCCCCCCCACCCCAUCCUUUUUACGCUGCUGCUACUCUGUUAAUUAUUUAUGCAUAGUUACUUUAACUCUACCCACAUGUACAUAUUACUUCAACUACCUCAACUAGCCGGUGCCCCUGCACAUUGACUCUGCACCGGUACCCCCCUAUAUAUAUAGCCUCCCUACUGUUAUUUUAUUUUACUUCUGCUCUUUUUUUCUCAACACUUUUUUGUUGUUGUUAUUUUAUUUUACUUUUUUAUUAAGAAAUAAAUGCAUUGUUGGUUAAGGGCUGUAAGUAAGCAUUUCACAGUAAUGUCUACACCUGUUGUAUUCGGCGCGUGUGGCAAAUAACAUUUGAUUUGAUUUGAUUUGAUUUUAGUGUAAAAGCUGUUUGAAAAUAUUUUCUGCCUGUUUUGGUGGGAUGGAGUCUUGGCCUUUCAUGGUGACAUCACCAGGCGGUGAAUUAGUUAAUAGACCAGUAAGAAAGAGUGUUCCAAACCUCUCUGCCAAUAACAGCUCAUUUUCAGUGUUCCUCCCCCCACUCCCAGAAAGUCCUAGCAAAAUUAUUGCCUGAGAAAUUGCCAUUUACUAAGAAGCUAUUUAUAUUUAUUUUUGACAAUUUUAAUUGAAAACAAUCAAUUGUUACCCAGAAAUGAUUUGAUAUUAAGAUAAAAACGGCUGUAUUGGACCUUUAAAGCAUAAGUAGGACACAAAGACAUACAGUACAUGCAUACGCACGCAUGCAUGCACGCACACACAUACAUACACACACACACACACACACACACACACACACACACACACACACACACACACACACACAGACACAGACACUCACACACACAGUCAGUGACAGAUGCAAUCAUGUCCCAGUCACUCUGUUAAUUGAUAAUCAUUAACAGGUUCAUUAAAGUAGUGUUUUGAUCGAAGGUUGAUGUUUUCAUUUUUGUCCCAUCUGCUAGGUGCGACAGAAAACAAUCAUAACCAAUCAAGCCACUGUCGCUGGGUGGGACAUUACAGCAGUGGUUUGGGCUAGGGUCGUUUUAGUGUCAGAACACUAUAACGUGUGUGUGUGUUGUUUUUUCUUUAUCAACAGGUGUUUUUAUCAGUUUCAAGAGUAUGUGCUUCCUCAUUUCUUACGAAUCUGACAAAUGAUCUCUCUCUCUCCCCUCUCCCCUCUCCCCCCUCUCUCUCUCUCUCUCUCUCUCGCCCCUCUGUCAGGCUUUCGAUGCGUUCAUCUACAUAUUCUUUGCGUUGGAGAUGGUGGUGAAGAUGGUGGCACUGGGAAUCUUCGGGAGACGCUGUUACCUUGGCGACACCUGGAACAGACUAGACUUCUUCAUCGUCAUGUCUGGGUUAGAUCACUCUUCUAUCUUCUUCCUUUCCUCCUUCCUGCUUCCUUUCCUGCUUCCUUUCCUUUCUGUGAAGAGUGUGGGUGGGAGCUAG